GAAAACUAUCUCUAAGAGAUUUAGAAAUAAAUUUAUUGCUGAGCACUGGCAACACUGAAUUGAAGGAAAUUGAGAUGUUUUACUAAAUAAAAUACCACAACUGCACACACGCUGAAUAUCAUGGCGGAAAAUGAAAGCCAAGGGCCAGCAGUCGUCCAGCUAGCUGAAUUGACAACUGACAAGAAGGACUUGAACAACUUGGACGAUUUGACACUUGAUGAGUUGGAAUUAUUCAAAAAACGAAUGAUUGAAGAUGGCCGGAUGGACUCAAUCUUUCGGUUGAAACAGAAUUUGAAUGAAAAGUUUGAUAAUCGAGCAUACCUUCACCCACAUGGAAUGACAGAGUUUGACUACAAAUCAAUUCCAGAGAAUCGUAGAGAGCAAUUUGAAAAGUUUAAGCACAAGACUCGUCAUGAAAACUAUCAAUAUUUAGGAGGACAUUACGAGUUGGAUGCAAUGCUAGCGUUGUUCUUCAAGAAACUAUUGAGUGUGAAACCCCAAGAUUCUAUACAUUUUGCUGCUGAAUUCUUCACUAGUGACAUCCUCAUGUCAAAUUUCCAGGGGUUAUUAGACAACGAAAAACGUAAAAUUUCGAAUUACCGAGUUGCAAAAAUGAAAAUUGCUCAGAAAAUUACGACCACGGUUGUGCAUGAAAUGAGAAAGCCUGAAAACAAGGAAGUUAAACAGUAUGAGAGAUGUUUCAGAAAGAGUAAGGACAAGCAUUGCGAUGACAAGAAACCCGUCGCAAUCAUUGUAAACCCUCAAGAGGUUGGGAUUAAACCUCAAGAUGAGAAUCUCAAUUGGUUGAAAAAGCUCAACAUCGGACCUCUUGCCCAAGACUUUGACACUCGUGUGAUUCUGCCACCACCGGUCGUGGAAAUUAAAGAAGCCGUGUACAAGAAACGAGUUAAAAAGUUUUACUGUGGAUGCAAGGAUCCAGGUCGACGUCUUGUGAGUCACGCAAAGAAAACAAUUGUCGAAACACCGCCGUCUCCGGAAGAUGAAGACGACGAAGACGGCAGUGAUGAUGAUGAAGAUGACGAAGACGAUAUUGCAGAACCUGCUAAUGCUCCCCCCGUUUCAGUUGUGAAUGCUAAAAAACAAGUGGAAUUUGUAUAAAAUUCGUCCGAUAAAUCCAAUACAAAUUUUAUAAAAUUAA